AUGUUCGCAAUACGACGAGCGGUACAAUUAGUAAGAUGUAUUAGUGUACAAGGUUCUGUCAAAUUUCAUCAUGCACCAGCGUCCCUAAAAGCAUGUUCCAUAAAUACGGAGCACCAGAAAUGUGAUCAUUUAGAAGAUGAUAUUAAUAAAUCAACCAAUGAAAAUGGCAAGGAAGAGAAUAAGAAAGUGCUCGCAAAAAUAGAACCGAAGCUUCAAUUAAUCUUCAAUUGUAAGAAAUGCAAUACACAAAAUAAUAAAAUAAUUUCGAAGUUAGCAUACCAAAAAGGUGUGGUAAUAAUACGCUGUGAUGGUUGUAAAAAUAAUCAUCUUAUAGCUGAUAAUUUAGGAUGGUUUAGUGAGUUAAGUAAACAUACAAAUAUUGAAAAAAUAUUAGCAGCAAAAGGUGAAACAGUACGUAAGAUACAAUAUAAUUCCGAAGGAUUUCUUGCUUUUCCAAAAGAAGAAUUAAACACUCAACAAGAAAGAGAAAACUUUGAUGAAUCUAAAAAUGAAAUAGAUUCAAAAUAA